GCGCCUAGAUUUAAUAAAAUUUGUUCUAUCUUAAAUAUUUAAGUAUUAAAUAUUCUUAAAUACAAGUAAAUUGACCACACUUGGAUGAUUUCUAAUCUUUCAAGCAUUUUUGCCAUAAUGGGCUGUGUAGUAUUGAACAGUUCUUAAAAUGGAUAUUAUGCAGUUUCACAAUGUUCAUGUAAGAGUCUAAGGAGUAAUUAGAUCUCAAAACUGUAAACCUCCUGUUAUCUUCUUCAAUCUCACUUAAUCCAGCAGAGCUGCAGACUUGAGCUGCACAGUAGGAGGAAUUUACUAAAUGUGAAAGUGAUAGCUAGUAGGAAGAAGAGACUUCAGGGAACAGCAGGGACUGAAUAAAGUGUUUGCAGACACACUGAAUGACAGGUGGAACACAUUGGGACACUACUGACGUACAGGAGUAAAGAGAGAGAGCGCGAGAGAGAGUGAGACGCUAUGAAGGGGCUGCAUACCUCACUGCUGUAGUACAUGGCUAUCUGGGAUGGAAACAAGUAGAGGAAUUUUGGAGGGAAAAGGGAGAGCAAGGGAGAGAGAAAGAGAGCAGAGGAAGGUGGUAAGCAUGAGUGAGGGUUCGUCAGACUCAUUAAGGAUCAAGAGAGAGAGAGAGCACAGAUAUAAAAAUACUCAGUAGCAACUGACACUCACUCUUGCACCGUGACAUCUGAUUAACUGCUUGUCGAUCUCAGUUGUAUGUUGAUAACGAGCAACGGACAUUUUGACUCAGAGCUCAUUCCUGUACAGAUGGGAAAGAGGCAGUAAGAAAGAAACUGUUUCCAAGACUUCCUGAAAGACACUGCAACGCUGGACAAUGACUGUGAGUCAAAUCCUGAUUUUAUGGAUAUUAAUACACAUUAACAAACUGCACCUAGAGAGCUGGAUGAGCUGUGCUACCUCACGGCUCAGUCCAUGACAUCACUGGUGACAUCAGAGCACUUCAAGCUGAUCAAAAAGCUGGGAGAGGGGUCGUAUGGCAAGGUGAUGCUGGCGGUGCAUCAGAAGAGAGGAACCCCAAUGGCUCUGAAGUUCUUCCCCCGUCGCUCUACCUCUCUCCAAGCUUUCCUGCGUGAAUACAAUCUCUCUGUCUCCUAUUGCACACACCCGUCUCUGACGCGGGCUAUAGGCAUCUUCUACUCCACACCUUCUCACUAUGUCUUCGCCCAGGAGGCUGGUCUCUAUGGCGACCUGUAUGAUGUCAUUGUGUCAGAGGAGGGGGUGAGUGAGGAGUGUGCUCAGCGUGUGAUGUCUCAGCUGAGUGGUGCUGUGUCUCACCUGCAUUCUCUUGGCUUUGUGCACCGUGACAUCAAGCCAGAGAACAUCUUCUUAUGUGACCGUGUUUGUCGCUGGGUCAAACUGGGCGACUUUGGCCUGGCGCGGGCACAGGGGACAAAGGUCCGUGCUGUGUGGUACAACUCCCCUUUCUGUGUGCCCGAGAUGGAGUGUGCUAAGAGAGUCAGUGAGGCAGAGGAGGAAGCAGAGGACAUCUGGAUGUCCGUGGAGCCCAGUUUGGAUACUUGGGCUUUAGGGAUCCUCAUUUACUGCCUGCUGACGAGCUGCUUCCCCUGGGAGGAGACCACUUCUGAUGACCCUUCCUACUGCAAGUACAGAGACUGGUUCAACCAAAUCAAAGAGAGAGAGGAGAGGGUCAGAGGACAGAACGGACCGAGGGAGGGAGAUCAUUGUGAAAAGCAAAACACUGUGAGAGAGGAGAAUGAGGCCGAAUUAGAAGUUGCCCCUCAGUUUGACUCUUUAAGCUCAUUCGUCCUCACUCUUCUAAGAAAGCUGCUGAACCCGCUGCCCUUGCUUCGUCCCGGGCCUGAAGAGAUCCUGUCCUACCUUGGAGGACCUUGGCUGCUGAAGACAGAGAAAGAGGAGAUGAGGAGAGAGCAGGAGGCGCACAUGGAGGCCAAGAAGAUCCACGAGAGAGGAGGGGUGGAAGAGGGCAAAGAGAUAUUGGGAAGGAGGGAGAGAUAAAGUUAAUGUAUGAGAGCAAUAUUAUUAACAGAUGUACUUUAUUUUCAAGAGUUUUUAUAUAGUGUUUAUAUUUUGGAAUAUUAGUUUUUUACAAAUAGACUAGUUAUUAUAAAAAUAACUGGAUGUAUAAGUAGACUAUAUGUACAAUCAGAUGAGUGAACUUUUUAACACACACUUGAACAGUGGCCCCUAGAGUGUUUGGACGCAUAUAAUAAGAAUUAUUCAUCUAAAAUUAUUAUUAAUAAUUUUACUUAUCAAAGUAUCAAUGCCAUUGCAUUUGAGAACAAAUUAUACAACCAAGUUGCAUUUAUUUUGUAAAGAUUUUUACAGUAUUAUUUUACUGUAAAGAUUUUUUUUUUAAUGUAAGUAAAAUAUAUAGGCUACUUCAAUUCAAAAUUUGGGACCGAUUUUGUAAUGUAAAGUCUCUUAUGUUCACUAAUUAAGGCUGCAUGUAUUUGAUCAAAAACUGCAAUAUUGUGGAAUAUUAUUACAAUUUAAAAUAAGUGUUUUCUAUUUGAAUACAUUUUAAAAUGUAAUUUAUUCCUGUGAUGGUAAAGCUGAAUUUUCAGCAUCAUUACUCCUACUCCAAUCUUUGGUGUCACAUGAUCCUUCAGAAAUCAUUCUAAUAUGCUAAUUUGAUGCUAAAGAAACAUUUAUUAUUACCAAUGUUGAAAACAUUUGUGCUGCAUAAUAUUUUUGUGGAAACCACUAUCCAUUUGUUUUUGGUUUUUUGAUGAAUAGAAAGUUCAAUAGCACAACAGCAUGUAUUUGAUAUAAUAAUACUUAACUAUGAUAGGAUUUACCAAAAAAAAAAAAAAAAACGUUGUCUUUUACUAUCCAAACACGUCAGCGGUUAAUUUUUCAUACAAGUAUGACUCCAAAUACUACAAUAAUUCAAUGUUUCUCAUAUUGUGUUGAUACUAAAACCAGCAAUACUGCAAUGCCUAAUUCAGUUCUUCUCAGGUGCAACGUAUAAGUAAUCUCUCAACGUGUAGAGAGGUAAAUAGGUACUGUAGAUGAGGAGCUGCUCAUCAGAUGUGGGUGGAAUACAUAAACACUGUCUUUCUACCUCAUACCAGUUGUUUUGAUAGCCAUACCUUGUUUGUUCAUGUUUGAAUAAACUUGUUUGUUUUGGUGACUCA